GUGAAUCUGCACAAAACAGUGCUGUCAGAGCUGCCUUUUCCCCUUUGUAAGUGUGAUACGCUUGCUGUAUACAGAGAGAAAUGACUGAGAAAGUCUGCAGGACCAGUACGUCACAUUUUAUUUGCGUUCUUUUAAAAUUCUUCAUAAAAGGGUACAGUUUUUAGGCUGAGUAUAACAUUCAGUAUUUUCUAAAUACUUAACAAAAGAUACCUGUCAAUAAGCAACGAAAAAUCUAAUGGGAUAUAGAGUCUCACACUAUACUAAUUGUAUUUUCCAGGUAUUCACUGUUGAAGAAAUGAUGCCUCAUGUCCAACACAUGAAAGGAGGUCACAGUAAAAACCUUUUUCUUAAAGACAAAAAGAAGAAAGGGUUCUGGCUGGUGACUGUUCUACACAACAGGCAGAUUGAUUUAAAUGAUCUUGCUAAAAAAUUGGGGGUUGGGAGUGGAAAUCUAAGAUUUGCUGACGAAAAUGCCAUGUUGGAAAAACUAAAAGUGGGUCAAGGAUGUGCCACGCCGCUAGCCCUCUUCUAUGACCAAGGAGACGUGAAGUUUGUACUGGAUGCUGGCUUUCUGGAAGGUGGCCAUGAAAAGGUGUAUUUUCAUCCAAUGACAAAUUCUGCGACCAUGGGAUUAAGCCCUGAAGACUUUCUGAAGUUUGUGAAAUCAACAGGACAUGAUCCAAUAAUCAUACAUUUUGAUGAAAAUAUAAAGUAGAUAAAUUUCCCAUUAUUAUUAUUAUUAGGCAUAGAUUUUAUAGAGCAAAACUAGCGAAGUUUCAUUACAAAUACAAUUUGAAAAAAUAAGCAUGUUUGUAUUCUAUAAUCUGGUGAAAAAAAUAGUGUCUUCAGGUUAUUAAAAGUUUAACAGAAUAUUCUUUAUGAGAAAAGAUAUGUUUGCAUUCUACCACUAAGUAACCAGUGCGCAGACAAAGGUUUUAUUUAAAUAACGUUAUAGUGUUUAAUAAUAAAACCAAUAAAACUGGACCUUUCAGUAUGUGAUACUGGGCUCGAAAUACUGAAACGUAAGAUAACAUCAUUAAGAAAUACUGAAUUAACUUAAAAUUCUAAAAUACUCAGCAAUAACACCUAGAACAAAAAUGUCUAGACUGUGUACCUGUACCCAUCUAUCCCCUACUACCUUGCUUUCCUUUUAUUAAUUUCUCUGGGGGCUGGGGGGGGGAAGGGGGGGAGCUUAGUUACGCUACCAAACACAUACUUGAUUGUCUACACUUGUAGCUGCAUUUUCAUUUUCACAGUCAGUAUCCUGCCCUUGGGAAAACUUUACGAAUAUUCUUCCAGUAAUUUCAGGUGACACAGCCACAAAUUGUCCCAUUAAGACAGUGUGCCUCAUCCAUUUUUAGAGCCUCUCCAAAAACAGCAAAACGUGAGGAAGGAAUCUAAAAGCAGAUUAUACAGAGGUGUGAAUCACUGGUACCAGUCUCUCUUCUGGCAGAACUCUUAAGGAGUAAUAGUAUUGCAGGCUCCUGGCUGGGUAUAGGAUUUGCUGGUGACUUGCUGGUGAUUUGCUGGUGACAACUGGGAAGAAAGUUAAUACAAGCAGGGACUGUAUUAACUUCUGUAUACAAUUUCUACUGAUUCACGCACCAGUGGAGGACAUGCAUGUUCUCUGCUGCACUGUAGCCUUAGCCAGCAUACAGGAAGCACCUACAGAAAUGGGAAGAAAGGUACAACAGCAGAUGUACCUGAGACAUUCCCUUCUGCACAGGAGAGGGGGACUGCACACAGAAACAUCCAUGUGUUUUAAGAGGCUGUGGGGAGGCUGAUUUGGCAUUAAAUAGAUGAUAUCUAUUUAGUACAGAAAGGCAUCUACUAUCGCAAGAACAAGACCAACACAUUCUCAGCAUUAAAUUCCUAAUCUAUUAAAUUCCUUCUCCUCCCAAUAAAUUCCUUCUCCUCUCCUUCCUGAACGAAUAAAACUCCUUUCAAAUAGAUUUUCUUUGUAUCAAAGACAGAGAAGCAGCAGAAACUCCACAAAGUCCAGUAAAUAUACUGUGCCAAUGAGUACCCAUAUAAAACCCAAGGAUAAGGGAGCUGUGAAAGUGAGGGACAAAAUUUGAAGAUGACAGGAAAAAAGGCUGCCGAAAAGAGCCUAAUGAAAAUGUCUACUCAUGUAAGAAAUAUGCCUAAAAGGCAAACAGUAGUAUGAACACAGGUUGAGACAGAAAACAAAUGUAAUACAGAAAAUGGAAUAAAAGAAGACAUAAAAAGACUUGCAAUCUUGGAUUACUAUUUGCUACUACAUCAUACUGAAGGACCUAGUAGUAAAAGUGAUAAAAUGAAACAUUUCAAAUAAAGACAAGGCAAAAUCAAACCAAUUGGACUGUUUCAUUAUAUAUUGCCAAGGCUGUUCUAUGAGCUAAGAACAUCAACAGUUAUGUUCUUUUCUACUAAGAAAAUGAGAUCUUAAAUUCUAUAGAACGAACAACUACCAUUAACUAGUUGAAGAGAAAGCAUCUUCUAGGGCAACGCAAGUUACUUGACAAACAACCUUAACGCGUUCCCCUUCAUUUCAGAAUAUUUUGGCACCUGUGUUCAGAGAUGUGAAUUGAUCUACAAAAUGUUCCAUAAUACAGCAGUUCAAAUUCUCCUGUCUAGAAAGAUACAAAACAACCCCAUCUACAAUGGCAGUUUUAUCAAAUGCAAAGAAUGUGACCCAGAAAGUGUUCAACAAAUAGAAACCUAUAGGAAGUCACUAGAAAACUGUCCAGGUACCUGUGAUUUUAUAUUUUGUUGUUAAAUAGAAAACUGAGAGGAACAUCUGAUAUUUGCGAAGCAGGUUAAUUAAUGAAUUGCCUAAAGAACUCUGGAUUAACAAACUUGUUACUAAAAUAGUAAGAUGUUAAGAUACAUGCUCAAGCGUCUGUAAAAGUUAAAGGUCUUCUUACCCACUGCCUGACACACACACUCCCUUCCCUUUAAGAUUUCUUCUUUGAGGUACCCCAAAUCCUUUAUCACUUCCAAAAAAAAAAAAAA